CAUUUCUCCAGAAUCCCCCUUUAUCCCCGGUGCUGGACCAAGGAUGGACAGGAAGGAGAUCAGCAGAAGAAUAUUAGACUUCACCUUGGAGAUCAUCUCCCUGCUGAGCGGAGAGGAUUACACCAUAGUGAAGAAGACACCGGGAGAGACUCCCAUCAUCCAUGAGUCAGAAGAGUUGAGACUAACCCUCUUUAUGGAGCCUCCCCCCCUUAUACAUGAGCAGAAGAUCCUAGAACUCACCCACAAGAUUAUGGAGCUGCUGACUGGAGAGGUUCCUAAAAGGUGUCAGGAUGUGGCUGCCUUUGUCUCCAUGGAGAAGCAGGAGCAUUUAGAGGGACACAAGGAUCUGUACAUGGACACCAUAAUGGAGGAUCUCCAACCUUUGAUGAAACCAGAUUCUGACUCCAGGAGGAUAAAUCCCCCCGAGAGAUGUCCUCAUCCUCUGUAUUCCCAGGACUAUCCAGAGGAGAAGCUCCCAGAGAACCAUCAGGAUGAAAAUCUGAUGGAUAUUAAGGUUGAGGUUAAAGAUGAAGAAGAAGAGGAGACGGAUUUAUGGGGCGAUCAGCAGGAUGGACUCAUAGAAAGAAAUCCCCCUGAGAGAUGUCCCCGUCCUCUGUAUUCCCAGGACUGUCCAGAGGAGAAGCUUCCAGAGAACCAUCAGGAUGAAAAUCUGAUUGAUAUUAAGGUUGAGGUUAAAGUUGAAGAAGAGGAGAUGGAUUUAUGUAACGCUCAUCAGUAUGGACUCAUAGAAGGAAAUUCCCCCGAGAGAUGUCCCCGUCCUCUGUAUUCCCAGGACUGUCCAGAGGACAAGCUCCCAGAGAACCAUCAGGAUGAAAAACUGAUUGAUAUUAAGGCUGAGGUUAAAGAUGAAGAAGAGGAGAUGGAUUUAUGUAGCACUCAUCAGUAUGGAUCAAGGAGGAGAAAUCCCCCCAAAAGAUGUCCCCAUCCUCUGUAUUCCCAGGACUGUCCAGAGGAGAAGCUCCCAGAGAACCAUCAGGAUGAAAAUCUGAUUGAUAUUAAGGUUGAGGUUAAAGAUGAUGAUGAAGAGGAGAUGGAUUUAUGGGGCGAUCAUCAGUAUGGAAUCAUAGAAAGAAAUCCCCCCAAGAGAUGUCCCUGUCCUCUGUAUUCCCAGGACUGUCCAGAGGAGAAGCUCCCAGAGAACCAUCAGGAUGAAAAUCUGAUUGAUAUUAAGGUUGAGGUUAAAGAUGAUGAUGAUGAAGAGGAGAUGGAUUUAUGUGGCGAUCAUCAGUAUGGAAUCAUAGAAAGAAAUCCCCCCAAGAGAUGUCCCUGUCCUCUGUAUUCCCAGGACUGUCCAGAGGAGAAGCUCCCAGAGAACCAUCAGGAUGAAAAUCUGAUUGAUAUUAAGGUUGAGGUUAAAGAUGAUGAUGAAGAGGAGAUGGAUUUAUGUGGCGAUCAUCAGUAUGGAAUCAUAGAAAGAAAUCCCCCUAAGAGAUGUCCCCGUCCUCUGUAUCCCCAGGAUGGUCCAGAGGAGAAGCUCCCAGAGAACCAUCAGAUGACAAAUCAGGGGGAAGAUCUGAUUGAUAUUAAAGUGGAUGAUGAAGAAGAGCGGAUGAUGGGCGAGCCCCCGUGUAAGAGUGAGGUGGAGGAGGACAUUCCAGUCCAUGUGACCACAGAAAAUCUCAAGAAUUCUGAGGAAAAUGUCAUAUUAACAGUAGACUAUAAAGAAAAAGAUGAAGAUAUCGAGCAGCGCUCUUCAGAAGAAAACCUAAUUACCUGUAAUGUACAUCAAGGACUUAACUGUACAGACCCGUCAUAUAAUCCUCCUAAUCAUGAGGAACCUGCUCCUGACCAAUCACAGAUUGUUACCAUAAUUAUUGGGCAGGAAGGGGGUAAAAGUUUUAAUUGUGGGGAAUGUGGAAAACAGUUAAAAACCAGAUCCACUCUUAAUGCCCACAGAAAAAUUCACAUUGGAGAGAAAGCAUUUUCAUGUCCAGAAUGUGGAAAAUGUUUUACAAAUAAAGCAAAUCUUUUUAGACAUGAGAGAAUUCACACAGGAGAGAAGCCAUUUGCAUGCGCAGUGUGUUCAAAAUGUUUUUCAAAUAAACCCGAUCUCGUUAUACAUGAGAGAAGUCACACAGGAGAGAAGCCAUUUUCAUGUUCAGAAUGCGGGAAAAGUUUUAAAAGGAAAUCAGUACUUGUUGCCCAUCAGAGAAAACACACAGGAGAGAAGCCGUAUUUAUGUUCAGAAUGUGGUAAAUAUUAUAUAACAAAAGCCAUACUUAAAGAACAUCAGAGAAUUCACACUGGAGAGAAACCAUUUUCAUGUUCAAUAUGUGGGAGCCGCUUUUUAUGUAAAUCAAGUCUUACAAAACAUGUGAGAACUCACAAAGGAGAGAAGCGAUUUGCAUGCUCAGUGUGUUCAAAAUGUUUUUCAAAUAAACCCGGUCUCGUUAUACAUGAGAGAAGUCACACAGGAGAGAAGCCAUUUUCAUGUUCAGAAUGCGGGAAAGGUUUUACAAAUAAAUCAGAUCUUGUUAAACAUCUGAGAUAUCACACAGGAGAGAAGCCGUAUCCAUGUUCAGAAUGCGGGAAAAGCUUUGUUACAAAAACCAAACUUAAAGAUCAUCAGAGAAUUCACACAGGGGAGAAGCCAUAUUCAUGUUCAUUAUGUGGGAAAUAUUUUAGACAAAAGUCAAGUCUUGUUGCACAUGAUGAGAAAAAUCACACAGGAGAUAAAUGAUUUUGAUGUUCUUUAGGUACUAUAUGUUUUACAACAUCAUAAAAUCUAAUUUUGAAACUCACAUAGAGAAAAAAACACCCAAAUUCGAUUAACCUGAUGUCAACAGCGA